UAAUCAUGUCAAAGGAGUGGUUUCUUGGGGUCUAUUCCCGUUCCAAACCUUUUGUAUUCAUGGUUUUCUUGCAAACUUCGUAUGCUGUUAAUGGCUUGAUCGUUAAGUCUGCGUUAAACAAAGGUCUGAAUCAUUACACUUUUGCCGCUUAUCGAAAUGCCAUUGCAGCUCUCUUUUUUGCUCCUUUCGCUUUCUUCAUCGAACGGAAAGUAAGGCCAAAAAUGACAGUUUCCAUCUUUCUCAAAAUCAUCUUGCUGGGAUUACUAGAGCCAGUGAUAGACCAGAACUUGUUCUUUGCUGGAAUGAAAUAUACGACGGCCACUUUCGCGACGGCUAUGUGCAACAUCCUUCCCGCCAUUACCUUUGUUAUGGCAUGGAUCUUUAGACUUGAGAAGGUGAAGAUGAAGAGUUUACAUAGCCAAGGGAAGAUGAUAGGAACAUUAGCGACGAUUGGAGGAGCGAUGAUGAUGACGCUAAUAAGAGGCCCUUCGAUCCAAUUUCCGUGGACGAAUCAUCACACCGUCGAUCAUCAUCAAUCUUCAGUUAAAACCAUGAAUGCUCAAGAUCAGAUUAAGGGAUCUCUCAUGAUCACUGCUGGUUGCUUUUCUUGGGCAAGUUUCGUCAUUCUUCAAGCAGUGACAUUGAAGUCGUACCCAGCGGAGCUCUCCCUGACGACAUUGGUGUGUAUGAUGGGGUCAUUGGAAGGAUCCAUCGUAACCCUUGUAGCUGAGAAGCCCAAUUUCUCAAUCUGGUCCAUUAAUUGGGACAUCAAACUAUUUGCAGCCAUUUAUAGCGGAAUUGUGUGUUCGGGAUGUGGAUAUUACAUAUCAGGGUUGGUGAUGCAGGAGAGAGGACCCGUUUUUGUGACGGCUUUCAACCCUCUCGCCAUGGUUAUUAUCGCCAUUAUGGGCUCUUCUGUUUUAGCCGAGAAGUUGAACUUGGGAAGUGUUGUUGGAGCAUUGGUGAUCGUGGUUGGGCUGUAUUUGGUAAUAUGGGGUAAGAGCAAAGAUCAGAACCAGCAACAUCACGACCCACCGUUGAAUCAACAGCAUAGCGAUGACGGUACGAAGAUGUCCAUAUCAAACACAGAUUGUGGAAAAACAUCUGACAAUCUUGAAACUGUUUAAGAAAUCUGGUUUAUAUCAGUUAUUAUUUUGAUUUUAGGUCUCU